AUGGAGGGACCCCCCGAGAACAUCCCGCUAGAAGGUGGUGGCUGGAGCCAGGCAGCACAGGAGACCAAGGCCCAGGACAGUAUCUUUUGCUCUGAAGAAGAUAACAGCCUGUAUUUCACAUACAGUGGAAAAUCAAAUGUUCUUGAGGUCAAAGAACUCAACUACCAGGUUAACACAGCAUCCCAGAUUCCCUGGUACGAGAAACUCACGCAGAUGCAAAUGCCAUGGACCUGGAACUCAGGUCCUAAUUCUCAUGUGUCAGUAAUCCAGAAUCUGAAUUUAAAAGUUCGAAGUGGUCAGAUGCUAGCUAUUAUAGGAAGCACUGGUGGUGGAAAGACAUCCUUGCUUGACGUGAUAACCUGCCGGGAUCACGGAGGCAAAAUCAAGUCUGGACAAAUCAUGAUCAAUAACAAACCCAGCACUCCCCAGCUUGUUAAGAAAUGCAUUGCACACGUGCGGCAGGAUGACCGACUGCUCCCCCACCUGACUGUCAGAGAAACGCUAUUGUUCGUUGCCAAACUGCGCCUUCCAAAGUUUUUCUCAGACUCACAAAAAGAAAAAAGGGUGGAAGAUGUUAUAGCAGAACUACGCUUGCGUCAGUGUGCAAACACGAGGGUAGGCAACGAAUACCUCCGUGGUGUUUCAGGAGGCGAGAGGCGGAGAGUGAGCAUCGGUGUGCAGCUGCUCUGGAACCCAGGAAUACUGAUACUUGAUGAACCCACAUCUGGACUGGACAGUUUUACUGCACACAACCUCGUAAUAACAUUAUCCAGACUGGCCAGAGGAAACAGAUUAGUUCUUCUUUCACUGCAUCAGCCCCGGUCAGAUAUCUUCCAACUCUUUGAUUUAGUUCUUCUGAUGUCUUCUGGAGUCACUGUCUAUUCUGGAACAGCCAAAGACAUGGUCCAGUAUUUCACAGAACUAGGCUAUCCCUGCCCGAGGUACAGCAAUCCUGCAGAUUUCUACGUUGAUUUGGCCAGCAUUGAUAAACAGACUGCAGAGAAGGAGAUAGAGAGCCGAAAAAGAGCAAACAUUCUUGCCAGCUUGUUCCUAGAAAAAAUCAAGAAUUUUGAUGAUUUCUUAUGGAAAAUUAAUGAAGACGACAAUGUUGUGAACACAGUCAGCCAAAAAAGCUCCCAUGUAAAAUCAGAAGAGGCUAUCCACAUGCCUUACCAUUCAAGUGAUCAGUUACCAGGCGUCUUAAGGCAGUUCACUGUAUUAUUAAGUCGUCAAGUCUCCAAUGACUUCAGAGAUCUUCCAACACUACUAGUCCAUGGAGUUGAGGCCCUCAUCAUGUCAUUAUUAAUUGGAUUUUUGUACUAUGGCCAUGGAGAAAGCAGACUCUCCAUUCGUGACACAACAGCACUGUUGUACAUGAUAGGUGCACUAAUCCCAUUCACAGUGAUUUUGGAUGUCAUUGCCAAAUGUCAUUCAGAAAGAGCUAUGCUUUAUCAUGACUUGGAAAAUGGAAUGUAUUCUGUUAGCCCAUACUUCUUUGCUAAGAUUUUGGGGGAACUCCCUGAGCAUUGCGCUUUUGUUCUAAUUUAUGGGGUUCCCAUCUAUUGGCUGGCAAACCUCAUGCCUGAACCAGAGCAUUUCCUGCUGAACUUCCUGUCAGUGUGGCUGGCUGUGUAUUGUGCCCGUGUGAUGGCACUUUGGGUGGCAGCACUGUUGCCAACCUUACAGCUCUCAGCUUUCUUUGGCAACGUCCUUUUCACAUCAUUCUACCUGAGUGGUGGUUUUGUGGUAAGCCUGGAAAACCUCUGGACAGUUCCGUUUUGGGUUUCUAAAGUGUCUUUUCUAAGAUGGAAUUUCCAAGGCAUGAUGCAAAUUCAGUUCACUGAAUCCAAAUAUGAAAUGACUGUUGGAAACGUUACUCUUCAAAUUCCAGGAAAACUUGUAGUUAAGUCUAUGGGCCUGGAUUCACAGCCUCUCUACGUAAGCUAUCUCAUCCUUGGUGGCAAUAUUAUUGGUUUCCUGCUUUUAUACUACUUAUCAUUAAGAUUCAUCAAGCAAAAAUCAAACCAAGACUGGUAA